ACGAGGCCGCUCCGCAGCCGCAGGGACCCCGCGCAGCGCUCCGCCGGGUGCCAUGUGUGCGGCCCGGAUGCCGCCCCUGGCGCACAUCUUCCGAGGGACUUUCGUCCACUCCACCUGGACCUGCCCCAUGGAGGUGCUUCGGGAUCACCUCCUCGGCGUGAGCGACUGCGGCAGAAUAGUGUUUCUAGAAGAAGCAUCUCAGCAAGAAAGACUGGCCAAGGAAUGGUGCUUCAAGCCAUGCGAGAUAAGAGAGCUGAGCCAUCACGAGUUCUUCAUGCCUGGCCUGGUGGAUACACAUAUCCACGCCCCUCAGUAUUCCUUUGCUGGAAGUAAUGUAGACCUGCCACUUCUGGACUGGCUGACCAACUACACAUUUCCUGUAGAACAAAGGUUCCAGAGCAUUGACCUUGCUGAAGAAGUCUAUACCAGGGUUGUCAGAAGAACGCUGAAGAAUGGAACAACCACAGCCUGCUACUUUGGAACAAUUCACACUGACUCAUCUUUGCUCCUUGCGGAAAUUACAGAUAAGUUUGGACAGCGAGCUUUUGUGGGCAAAGUCUGCAUGGAUCUGAACGACACGGUUCCGGAGUACAGGGAGACCACCGAGGAGUCGAUCAAGGAGACAGAGAGAUUUGUGUCAGAAAUGAUUCAAAGGAAUUAUUCUAGAGUGAAACCCAUAGUGACACCACGGUUUGCACUUUCCUGCACUGAGAAUUUGAUGAGUGAACUGGGCAAUAUUGCCAAGACUCAUGACCUGCAUAUUCAGAGUCAUAUAAGUGAAAACCGAGAAGAGGUUGAAGCUGUGAAAAACUUGCACCCCAAUUAUAAACACUACACAGAUGUCUAUGAUAAAAACAAUCUUCUGACAAGUAAGACAGUGAUGGCACAUGGCUGUUACCUUUCUGCAGAAGAACUCAACAUCUUCAGUGAACGAGGAGCAUCCAUUUCACAUUGUCCCAAUUCUAAUUUGUCGCUGAGCAGUGGCUUUCUGAAUGUUCUUGAAGCCCUCAAACAUGAAGUGAAGAUAGGGCUGGGGACAGAUGUGGCCGGUGGCUACUCCUCCUCCAUGCUCGAUGCCAUCAGAAGAGCUGUGAUGGUUUCCAAUAUACUUUUAAUUAAUAAGGUCAAUGAGAAAAGCCUCACCCUCAAAGAAGUCUUCAGACUUGCUACCCUUGGAGGAAGCCAAGCCCUGGGGCUGGAUGGGGAGAUUGGAAACUUUGAAGUAGGCAAAGAAUUUGAUGCCCUCUUGAUCAAUCCCAAAGCAUCUGACUCGCCCAUUGAUCUGUUUUAUGGAGAUUUUGUUGGUGAUAUUUCCCAGGCUGUUAUCCAGAAGUUCCUCUAUCUAGGAGAUGACCGAAACAUUGAGGAGGUUUAUGUGGGUGGAAAACAGGUGGUUCCGUUUUCCAGCUCAGUGUAAGACCCAGAGCAUCUGUGCAGCUCUCCUGGGAUGACAUGGAUCUACGUCUCCCUUGUGCCCAGGUGCCGGUUAGAAAGUCACAAACAGUACCUUGUUCUUCGGCUGACUCUGUGUCUAGAUACAGUAUUCUCUUGGCAAAGUGCUUGAAGGAAGUGCACUAAUUCUCACCUCUGGUUGAGAGGAAUCACAGUUUCAUGAACGUGCCUCCCUUUUGAGCCGUUCACAUUCCUGUCAGGCUCAGGCAGAAGGCAAUGUUCCUGCUGGUGUGGUGUUUAUUAUUAUGAGAUUGAAGGAAAACCUUCCCAUCUUGGGAAAUAUAUAGAGAAACGACAAUUCCUGUGUAGUUAGAUAUUUUGGGCUAAUAAGUGUGAAAGUUAGAGAGCAGUAUAUGGAUCACUGAGUAUAUUUUUAUGAGGGACCAGAAUUUAGACUGUGAACAAAUGUUGGAAAAAAUCAGUUCAGAUUGUGUUUGACAAUUAUACACCAAGCAGAUGCAUUUUAAAAGAGAACUUAUUGAAUUUCAAAACAUGUUUCUAGACUGAUCUUGUGUUUUAGCAGUUUGCACUUAAUGGAAUUUGCAUUGCAGAGAUGUGUUAUUAUUGUGUUUUGCCUUCUUUUGGGAUGAAUGUCAGAAAUUGAGUGCCACAUUAAUUUGUAAAUAUAGUUCUGUGCUUCAAGUGUUUGACAGAAGUUCAAAUAUUAAAGAUUUAAAAUCUCUUAAGGAUAGUAUUCACAUAGCCACAUGGCAUUAUUAGUUGUGUUGUGUGCGCCUCAAAAUCACCUUCAUUUUUGGCCCCGUGGUGUUAUUGCUUCCAUUGUGUAGGUGAAAAACAAGUUCCAUGAACCACUGCUGUAUGGACUGAAGUCUUCAUAGACCAGGACAAAAGCUGUGGACACUAGCAGGAACAUGUCCCCUUGCAAUGUAUGGUUCUGCCCCACACAA